AUGGAUGGUGAUGAGUUUGGGGAGGAUUUUGUCGACGAGGAUUUCCUCGAGCUAUUGGAUCAGGUUUCUUCAUCCAAUAUGACCAGGCCUCUCUCACAGCCGUCGUCAAAUGGGGUUCGGUUUGCAAAUGAUACUCGGACGAAACCGAACCCCUUAGCAGCUGCGGUACAAGAGCUCGAAGACUUACCCUCGGAUGCUUUCUCUUCACCCGAGCCAGAACAAUCAGCGUCUGUGACAGCAAGCCCGGCAUCUCGAAACGCGUCAAAUGGACCCAGAGCUAGAGGUGGCCUGAAGAGGACUGCGUCGGCAGGUCUCCGACAGACGACGCUCUGGGGAAGGGAGGUUCGUGAAGAUGCGCCAUUCCAUAGCCCGGCUCCAGCUCAGAGGAUUUUUCGAGCAGACUUGCCUCACGAGGAGCCGACUCAUCACGACAUAGACAAGAAGGCGAUGGAAACGUGGGUCUACCCAAUGAACCUUGGCGCGAUUCGAGAUUAUCAGUUCAGCAUUGUUAAGAACAGCCUGUUCAACAAUACUCUCGUUGCUCUGCCUACCGGACUGGGCAAAACAUUCAUUGCCGCAACCGUCAUGCUCAACUUUUAUCGGUGGACAACAUCAGCAAAGAUUGUUUUUGUGGCGCCUACGAAGCCCUUGGCUGCCCAACAAAUAGACGCCUGUUACAACAUUGUUGGCAUCCCGCGAUCAGAUACGACUUUGUUGACGGGGGAUAUUCAGCCAGCCCUAAGAGCUGAUGAGUGGGCAAAGAGGCGCGUCUUUUUUAUGACGCCCCAAACACUACUUAACGAUCUGUCUCAUGGAUAUGCGGACCCCAAAAGCAUCGCCCUUCUCGUCAUUGACGAGGCACAUCGUGCUGUUGGUGAAUACGCAUAUGCAAAAGCCACAAAGCUCAUGAGACGAUUCCACAGAAGUUUCCGAGUUUUGGCCCUGACUGCAACGCCGGGCUCAAAAAUUGAGACGGUCCAGGAAGUCAUUGACAACCUGGGUAUUUCACACUGCGAAAUAAGAACAGAAGAGUCAAUUGACAUCAGGCAGUAUGUCCACCAAAGGACCAUCGAACAAAUGGUUCUUGACCCAUCAGAUGAGAUGAAUCUUGUUGGCGAACUGUUUACAGAGGCACUGAAACCGCUUGUCGAUAGACUUGGUUCUCAAAAUAUUUAUUACGGUCGAAACCCAAUGGCAAUGAAUGCGUACGGGUUGAUGCAAGCCCAGAAAGAAUGGUUCGCAACCCGCGGCCGGCAUGCGAACCAGGGCGUUCAGUUCAUGAUGAGGGCAAUCUUUGGUGUGCUGACCAGUCUGGCACAUUCGAUAAAAUUGCUUAAUUUCCACGGGAUCAGGCCCUUUUACGACAAUAUGGCAGACUUUAGAAGCGAGCAGGAAGGCAAGGGCGAAAAAGGAUCGAAAUACAAACGGCAGCUUAUCGAACACCCCAGUUUUCAGAAAAUGAUGGACCACAUCUCGCGGUGGCUGAAAACGGAAGGCUUCGUGGGCCACCCCAAACUUGCCGCACUAGCAGACUGCGUUCUGAACCACUUCAUGGACCAAGGAGAGGGUUCGACGACCCGCGUGAUCGUGUUCAGCGAGUAUCGUGAUUCAGCAGAGGAUAUUGUGCGCGAACUGAAUAAGCACCAGCCGCUUCUCAAAGCUAGCGUCUUUGUGGGACAAGCAGACGGGAAAAGAGGAGAAGGAAUGAAACAAGCGCAACAAAUCCAGACCAUCGAAAGGUUUCGGAAGGGCGAGUUCAAUGUGCUAGUGGCCACCUCUAUCGGUGAAGAAGGACUGGACAUUGGCCAAGUCGAUCUUAUUGUCUGCUACGACUCGUCCGCUUCGCCAGUUCGGAUGUUGCAGAGAAUGGGUCGAACUGGACGAAAGAGGGCAGGGAACAUUGUUCUGUUGCUUAUGAGAGGGAAAGAAGAGGAUCAAUUUGCCAAAUCCAAAGAUAGCUACGAGAAGAUGCAGAAGCUCAUAUGCGAAGGAAGCAGAUUCAACUUUCGAUUUGACCUGUCAACAAGAAUCGUUCCGCGAGAAAUUCGACCCGAGGUGGAGAAGAAGUUUGUCGAGAUACCGAUUGAAAAUACGCAGAACCAAUCUCUACCAGAGCCAAAGAAACGUCGCCCUGCCGCCGGAAAGAAGAAGCCCCUCAAAAAGUUUCACAUGCCGGAUGGGGUAGAGACUGGAUUUCAAAAACUGUCCUACUAUAUGAAAGAUGGCUCAAAACCAGAACGAUCCGAAAUCCAGCGGAACCCCGAGUUAGACGAUCUCGAGAGCAUUCCAGAUUUGAGUAGUGUGGUUCUGACCGAAGACGACCUUGAGGAGCUCGACAGGUCCUACCGCGACCUACCUUUCAAUCAUAGUGUGGUUGAGGAAACAGACAUGCCUAGUAUGACUGCAUUUCCCAUUCUUCAAAGACAGCUGCGGCCAGUGGCAAAUCUGAAACACGGCACUUGCACUCGACGCUUUGUUAAGUUGUUGGCAAAAAUGGGUGCGGAACCCGAGAGUCUGAUCAGACAAUGUCGUUCGACGGACACUAGCCGUUUCAGAGAGAUACCCGUGAGGCCUUUUGUUCAAACUGACGGAGAGUCAGAAGGCGACGAGAUGCCUGAUUUAGAAACACGGAAGCAGUCGACUAGUCGGCGCUCUGUGAGAGUAGAUGCCGAGGGACCACAGCCGCCAAGACGCAAGAAAAGAAGGAUUUCAACAACGUCCGUCACUGAACCAUCAGGAUCAGAAGAUAAUGGAAAUAAUAGAAUUCCUGGCAGAGAAAGCAAGAGGACAAAGACGUCCAAGGGUGGUCGGAAGGGAACAACGAAACAAAGAGGCGGCAUUAGUAGCUAUGAGCUCGGCGACGAUUGUGAACGGGACAGUGAUCAGGUGGAGAGUAGCGGAUCGGAUGAUGGAACAGACCUCUUGGGCUUUGUUGUGACAGACAAUCAAGCGACAUCGAGCAUGGUCGACUCGCAGGCUACGUCGCCAACAACAGCGUCAGCCCAAAGCACGCCCAAGACGGAAUCAGAGAAGCCGUUCUAUGUUCCUACACGCUUCUCAGCGACACAGGAGAGCGAUGACAUGCCCGAUUUGACGGCGCUAGUAGGGAGAAAAGUAUCCGACAAGGUCAAUCCAAAGGACCCAGCAUCAGAUUGGGACCUUGAGUACCCGACUACGAAACAUCCCGCCCGCGGCGGACGACGAGUAAUUGACAGUGACAGUGAGGCAUGA